CUCAGAGGUUUCAGCAGCUUUCCUAGAUUCACGGGGAAUUUUUCCAUCGGAAGAAACAAAACGCGCAAAAAAAUCUCACCCCUGGAGACAAUCAUCAGGGGAGAGAAUUAGUUAUCUUUCAAGGAAAAAUUUGAGUUUUUAAUGGCAUUUUUGUGCAGCUCGGGAGAUAUGUAGUGGAAAAAUGGUGGUGAGUGGUCAGGGGGAUAUGACAGGACCGAUUUAUCAUGAGAGACAGGUGAAGCAGCUGUGUGCCCUGCACGCCCUGAAUAACCUUUUCCAGGAGAGGGGCUUCAGCAAACAGGAACUGGAUCAAAUUUGUUAUGGAUUGAGUCCUGAUGUUUGGAUUAAUCCUCAUAAAUCGCUCCUGGGAUUGGGAAAUUAUGAUAUCAAUGUUAUUAUGGUUGCACUCCAGACGAAGGGAUGUGAGGCUAUCUGGUUUGAUAAGAGAAGGGAUCCAAAGUGUCUGUGUCUCGACAGCAUAGAUGGCUUCAUUCUGAAUGUCCCAACGGAAUACAAACUGGGCUUUGUGCUUCUACCCCUGAAGAAACGCCACUGGAUAGCCCUGAAGAAAAUCCAAGGUGCCUUUUACAAUCUCGAUUCGAACCUCGACUCACCCCAGCUGAUAGGCAAGGAAGAUGAUUUAUUGACAUACCUGAAAGACCAAAUUGAGAGUAAAGACAAGGAAUUGUUUCUGGUUGUGUCCAGGGAAGUGGCGACCAGUCAGGAGUGGCUUGUCAAAGUGAAUUGCAAUGAUUUUUUGGAUGAAAGUGGUGAGAAAAUUUUUUCAACCGACAGUGAUGAAAUCAGGUACAUUGAGGAUGGACUCAGUACAGACAUUGAGCUCGAUAAAAAAUCUCAGGAGGAUAUGGACAAUGAUAAUGUCAUUGUUAAUGAUAACACGAGAAAAUCUCCAUUAUUGUCCAACUUUUUCACUUCAUGAGAUUGAAUUAUAAUCCCGGUGUUUUGACGCAGUGUCUCAGGCCCAUAGGUUUCAGAUUCGAUUCCUGACCCGAGUAGAGUGGUGAGAUCUAACCAUUUUUAAACUCUUGAUCAAUCGCCACACAGUUAUCAUGACUCGAAGCGACGUAAAAGUAAUUUUUAAAAAUUGAAUUAUGAUGUUUCUCUCGAGUUUCUGAAUUUGAACAAGUUGAAUUUUGACUCUCAAAAAUACAGGGAAUCUUUUCAUAAUUUUCGUACAAAUAGACAAUUUGUCUAACCCAGUAGUUCAUGAAAAAAAAAUGGACACGGGGAAUGGAUGAGCUUUUCUUAUUCACACAAUAAAGUAUUCCCUGAUUUUUUGAUGAGUUUUUGAUUGAGUUAUCGUCAACAAUCAUUUUAUGUCAUCUGAAUGUAUAUAUAAAUAAUCUGACGUCUAACUGAUAAUCUGCGUUCACGAAUUAAUUGUUUAGCCAUUGAAAACACCAAAAAGUGAUGUUUUAUUGAAUUUGGAAAAUCGAAAAAUCGGUGGAAAUAGAUUUUUCUAUUACUAAACGAUAUGAAAAUCAUUUUACAACAGUACAACGUUCGUCUUGUGAUCUGUAGCAUCUGCACAGUGUAUACUACUCGUAGAUAGCGUUAGCAUUAAUUUAUCAAGUAUCGAUGCAAUAUUUUUCACGUUACAAUAAAUGCUUGGCUUUAUUUUAUCAAUUCAACUGAUCAUUGAUUCAGCCAUUCACGCGCGAAGAGGAACAAAUAUAAAACUAGUCCAAGUGUGAGACAAAUAAUUGUAACCAUAAUAAUCGUAAUUUAUGUUAAUCAUUAGAAACACAUGGGAUACAUUUUUUCAUUGUUAUUUACAUGGAUAAAUAAAUUAUUUUUCUUCAUUUUUUAA